AUGGCAGAGAAGUGCGACUGUAUCGCCAGCAUGUAUGGGUACGACCUGGGCUGUCGCUUCAUUAAUUUUCGCCCCUUGGGCUUCGGGGCCAACGGGCUGGUGCUGUCAGCCCUCGACAGCAAGAGCUGCCGCAAAGUGGCAGUGAAGAAGAUCACCAUCGGCGAUGCACAGAGCAUGAAGCACGCUUUCCGGGAGAUCAAAAUCAUCCGCCGCCUGGACCACGAUAACAUCGUGAAGGUGUACGAGGUUUUGGGGCCAAAGGGGACCAACCUGCGUGGGGAUUUUUUCAAGUUUAACAUGGUGUACAUUGUCCAGGAGUACAUGGAGACGGACCUGGCACGGCUGCUAGAGCAAGGGAAGCUCGCUGAGGAGCACACCAAACUCUUCAUGUACCAGCUGCUGCGGGGGCUGAAGUACAUCCACUCAGCCAACGUCCUCCACCGCGACCUCAAGCCAGCCAAUAUUUUCAUCAGCACGGAGGACCUGGUGCUGAAGAUCGGUGACUUCGGGCUGGCCAGAAUCGUGGAUCAGCAUUACUCACACAAGGGUUACCUUUCCGAAGGCUUAGUAACAAAGUGGUAUCGCUCCCCCCGCCUCCUCCUCUCACCAAACAACUACACCAAAGCCAUCGAUAUGUGGGCAGCCGGCUGCAUCCUGGCCGAGAUGCUGACAGGAAGGAUGCUCUUCGCUGGGGGUCACGAGCUAGAACAGAUGCAGCUUAUUCUGGAGACGAUCCCAGUUAUCCACGAGGAAGACAAAGAGGAGCUGCUCAAAGUGAUGCCCACGUUCAUCAACAGCACCUGGGAAGUGAGGAAGCCACUGCGCAAGCUGCUCCCUGAAGUAGACAGUGAAGCUAUUGAUUUUCUGGAGAAAAUACUGACAUUUAACCCUAUGGAUCGAUUAACGGCUGAGAUGGGUCUGCAGCAUCCUUACAUGAGUCCCUAUUCCUGCCCCGAGGAUGAACCAGUGUCUCAGCACCCGUUCCGCAUCGAGGAUGAGAUUGAUGAUAUUUUACUGAUGGAAGCCAACCAGAGCCAGAUGUCUAACUGGGACAGGUACGUAUCUAGAGCUGGGUAUCACGUAAGCCUUUCCUCUGAUUUGGAAUGGAGACACGAUAAAUACCACGACAUGGAUGAGGUUCAGCGGGACCCCCGGGCAGGGUCUGAAUCCAUCGCUGAAGAAGCACAAGUUGAUCCACGGAAAUACUCCCAAAGCAGCUCGGAGAGGUUCUUGGAGCUAUCCCACUCAUCCAUGGACCGAGUAUUUGAUGCCGAUUGUGGGAAAUCAUGUGAUUACAAAGUGGGGUCACCUUCCUACUUGGACAAAUUGCUGUGGAGAGACAAUAAGCCCCAUCAUUACUCAGAGCCCAAGCUGAUUUUAGAUUUAUCCCACUGGAAAAGAGCAACCAUAGCACCUGCAGCUGAGCUAUCGCUGGAAGAAGAACCAUCCAACCUCUUUCUGGAGAUUGCUCAGUGGGUGAAGAGCACACAGGUGGGUCUCGAGUGUCCCAGUCCUCUUCCGGAGAUUCAGGAACGGAGCCUGCCAUCUUCUCCUCACCAUCUCCGCAAAGAACCCACAGAGGUGAACAGUGAAACAGACCCUGAAUUUGACUUGGAUGUCUUCAUCUCCAGGGCACUGAAACUUUGCACAAAACCAGAGGAUCUUCCAGACAACAAGCUCAAUGACAUCAACGGGGCCUGCAUAUCUGAGCAUCCCGGUGAGAUUGUACAAACAGAGGUGUACCAGAAAGAGCGAUGGUGA